AUGAAGCUCGGGUGGAAUUUCGUGACAGGCCACGAGGUAUAUGCCACGGCUAGGAAGAGCGAAAACGACCCAUCCUCGGGGCAAUUCACACUCCACUACGACCCAACCGGGUACCCACAAGGUGUAAUCAAGAAUGGUUCACAAAAGAGGUUUGUAACUGGGCCCUGGAAUGGUCUCGGGUGGAGUGGAAUGCCCGAAUUGGCCCCUGAUGCUCGUCAAUACAAGUACCAAGUGAGCAUGAACCCGAGGGAGGUUUAUGCCCGGUACGAUAUCCUCAACAACUGGAUCGUGGCGAGGGAAGUUUUAACUAGCUCAGGUGACCUCCAAUUAUUGGCAUGGGUACAUGAGGUUCAAAGUUGGAUCAGUUUCAUAAAAACCCCUAGGGAUGUUUGUGACAUCUAUGCAAUAUGUGGUGCAAAUGGAAUAUGUAACAUGGCCAAUUCCCCAGUUUGUGGAUGUUUCGAAAAAUUUACAAACAAUAAUAGAAAGGGGUUGAAUAACUGGUCUGAUGGUUGCCAUAGGAGGAAGCCUCUGAAAUGCGAGAAUGGAACAGAUGGGUUCAAGAAGUAUUCUGGUAUAAAAUUGCCAGACACUUCUUAUUCUUGGUUUAACAGGACUAUGAGCCUUAAAGAUUGUGAGCACAAGUGUCUGAAGAAUUGCUCGUGCACGGCUUAUUCGAGUUUAGAUAUAAGCAAGGGAGGAAGUGGUUGUCUCCUUUGGUUUAAUGAGUUGAUUGACAUUCGAGUGUUGCUUGAAAAGGGGCAAGACAUUUACAUCAGACUUGAUUCUUCUGAAAUACCAGGGUCAAAUUCAAUUACAGGUGGCCCUCAUUCUAGCUCAAAGGGGAAGAAAGUAAAAAUCAUCAUUGGAGGUUUGGUAUUAGGGCUCACUACAAUGACCUUGCUAGGUCUAAGCCUUGGUUUGUACUUUUAUAAAAAGAGUAAGAAGGAAAUGAAGCUAAAAGAAUGGUUAGAAUUACCACUAUUUGAUCUGUCUACAAUAUCAAAAGCUACAAAUAACUUUUUAUAUGACAACAAGGUUGGAGAGGGUGGAUUUGGAGCUGUUUAUCGGGGUGUUUUCGAAGACAAACAAGAAAUUGCUGUGAAGCGUCUCUCGAAGGCUUCCACACAAGGAGUAGAAGAGUUCAAAAACGAAGUUAUUUGUAUUGCCAAACUUCAACAUCGAAAUUUAGUAAAGCUUCUUGGUUGUUGUAUACAAGGAGAAGAAAAGCUUUUGGUCUACGAGUUCAUGGCAAAUAAAAGCCUAGAUACCUUCAUAUUUGAUGAAGCAAGGAGCAAACUGCUUGAUUGGCCAAAGCGUCUUUCCAUUAUUAUUGGGACGGCACGAGGACUAAUGUACCUCCACCAAGAUUCUCGACUAAGGGUCAUCCAUAGAGAUCUUAAAGCAAGCAAUGUUUUACUAGAUAACAACAUGAAUCCUAAGAUUUCAGACUUUGGGCUAGCAAGAAGUGUUGUAGGGGAUGCAACUGAAGCAAAUACAAAUCGUAUUUUCGGGACACAUGGAUACAUUUCUCCAGAAUAUGCUAUUGAUGGAAUAUUUUCAAUAAAAUCAGACACAUUUAGUUUUGGGGUUUUGUUGUUGGAGAUUGUAACUGGAAAAAGAAACAGAAAAUUUUGUCACCCCGACCAUGGUCACAACCUUAUCGGUCAUGCAUGGAAGUUGUAUAAAGAAAAUAAAGCUCUGGAACUAAUUGAUGUCCACCUAGCUCCAUCAUGUGAUAUAUCUCAAGUUCAAAGGUGUAUCCAUGUUGGACUAUUAUGUGUGCAAGAGCGUCCAGAAGAUAGACCAACUAUGUCUUCUGUGGUAACAAUAUUGUCUAAUGACAACACCUUACCUGAAGCAAAAGAACCUGGAUUUUUCACAGAACGGAAAGUAAAUGAAGGUGAGUGCUCUUCAAACACACAGGAAAUGAGUUCAGGAAAUGGAUGUAGCUUCACUAUCUUAGAUCCUCGCUAG